AAACGCAGACGAGCACGACAGACCGAGAGACGCGACGAGAGCCGAGAGAGAACCGAGAGAGAGAGAGAGCGAGAGACCGAGAGCCGACACGAAGCAAGCGCGAGAGAGAGAAAAACAGACGCGAGAAAGAGACGAAAGAGAGAGGAGAGACGCAGAGAAAAGAGAGAGCGACGAGAGAGCAGA